GGCUCGCUGGUUGCUCUGACGGGCGCUCAGUGAAGCAACACAUUCAGCUAUAAAUACACGAGGCUGUGCAGGCAGCACACAGCUCUGUAUUUGCUCACGGAGCCUGGACGACUCGUGGAUCCACACACUCCACAGUUUGUGUCCGAGCUGCUGGAUCUCUGUUACGCAGCGUUUCACAAGGCAGGAGAAAGUUUUCCUCUUGUUCUGGACGUUUUCCCUGAGAGCUGUUUGGAGUUAAUGUGACACAGCUUUUGGAGCGAGCAGCCAUGGGAGACUUUUGGGGAGAUAUCGCGAGUCAGAGAGUGGCCAGGGCGAUGUCGCUGGGCAACGAUGAGGAGGCGGUCCUGGACCAGGGGAAGACCAGCUCCACCCUCUACACCAACUUUGAGAAGGAAGAGCUGGAGAGUCACAGGGCGGUCUACGUCGGAGUCCACGUCCCUCUGGGUCGACAGAGCCGGAGACGACACCGUCACCGAGGACACAGACAUCACCGGAAACGCCGGGACCGCUCGGACCGGGACGACGGACGAGAGUCGCCCACGAACGAUACGCCGUCUCAGAGAGUCCAGUUCAUCCUCGGGACGGAGGACGACGACGAGGAGCACAUCCCCCACGACCUGUUCACCGAGCUGGACGAGCUCGCCUUCAGAGACGGAGACGUCCAGGAGUGGAAGGAGACGGCCAGGUGGUUGAAGUUUGAGGAGGACGUCGAGGACGGCGGCGAGCGUUGGAGUAAACCGUACGUGGCCACGCUGUCUCUGCACAGUCUGUUCGAGCUGCGUUCCUGCAUCCUGAACGGCACCGUGCUGCUCGACAUGAGAGCCAACACCAUCGAGGAGAUCGCAGACAUGGUGAUCGACAGCAUGCUGGCGUCGGGGCAGCUGGAGGAGGGCGUUCAGGAGAAGGUGAGGGAGGCCAUGUUGAGGCGUCACCACCACCAGAACGAGAAGAAGCUGAGCAACCGAAUCCCGCUGGUUCGAUCCUUCGCCGACAUAGGCAAGAAACACUCGGACCCCUAUUUACUGGAACGAAACGGUCUGCUGGCGUCUCCUCAGUCGGCUCCAGGAAACCUCGACAAAAACAUCGAGAAUCGCAUCAACGGCGGCAACGGAGGCAGCCGGGAAAACAGCACGGUGGGCUUCAGCAAGGUGGACAUGAACUUCAUGAAGAAGAUUCCUCCCGGCGCCGAGGCCUCCAACGUCCUGGUGGGUGAGGUCGACUUCCUGGAGCGACCGAUCAUCGCCUUCGUCCGGUUGUCGCCCGCCGUGCUGCUGACCGGCCUCACCGAGGUCCCUGUACCCACCAGGUUUCUCUUCCUGCUGCUCGGUCCGUUUGGAAAAGGUCCACAGUACCACGAGAUCGGACGCUCCAUCGCCACUCUGAUGACCGACGAGAUUUUCCACGACGUCGCCUACAAAGCGAAGGACAGGAACGACCUGCUGUCAGGGAUCGACGAGUUCCUGGAUCAGGUCACUGUGCUGCCUCCAGGUGAAUGGGACCCCAGCAUCCGCAUCGAACCCCCGAAGAGCGUCCCGUCUCAGGAGAAGAGGAAGAUGGCGUCCGUCCCUAAUGGCUCCGCCCACAGCUCCGACACGGUGAAGGAGGCGGAGCAUCAGACCGGACCGGAGCUGCAGAGGACGGGGAGGAUCUUCGGUGGUCUGGUGAACGACGUUCGGAGGAAACUUCCCUUCCUGUGGAGCGACGUCAGAGACGCCCUCAGUCUGCAGUGUUUGGCGUCCGUCCUCUUCCUCUACUGCGCCUGCAUGUCGCCCGUCAUCACGUUCGGAGGGCUGCUGGGAGAGGCCACCAAAGGACAGAUCAGUGCCAUAGAGUCUCUGUUUGGGGCGUCUCUGACGGGCGUGGCCUACUCUCUGUUUGCCGGUCAGCCUCUCACAAUCCUGGGCAGCACCGGUCCGGUCCUGGUCUUCGAGAAGAUCCUCUACAAGUUCUGCAGCGACUACAAUCUGUCCUACCUGUCUCUGAGGACCAGUAUCGGACUCUGGACCGCCUUCCUCUGCCUGGUGCUGGUCGCCACCGACGCCAGCUCUCUGGUCUGCUAUAUCACCCGCUUCACCGAGGAGGCCUUCGCCGCCCUCAUCUGCAUCAUCUUCAUCUACGAGGCUCUGGAGAAGCUGGUCCACCUCGGGGAGGUGUACCCCAUCAACAUGCACAACCACCUGGACAACCUCACCUUCUACACGUGUCAGUGUUCUCGGCCGGCUAACGCCUCAGCUAAAGCCCAACAGAUGUGGAGCAGCAAAAACUUAACCUCAGAAAGCAUCCAGUGGGAGCAGCUGGGUGUGAAGGAAUGUCAGGAGUUGUACGGGGAGUUCGCUGGUUCGGCUUGCGGCCACAAAGGUCCCUACGUCCCCGACGUCCUCUUCUGGUCCGUCAUCCUCUUCUUCACCACCUUCUUCCUCUCUGCCUUCCUCAAACAGUUCAAGACCAAGAGAUACUUCCCCACCAAGGUCCGAUCGACCAUCAGUGACUUUGCCAUCUUCCUCACCAUCAUGAUCAUGGUGCUGGUGGAUUAUCUGGUGGGUGUUCCUUCACCCAAACUCAACGUACCCGACCGCUUCGAGCCCACGUUGAACACUCGAGGGUGGCUGAUCUCUCCACUGGGGUCAAACCCCUGGUGGACGCUGCUGGCUGCCGCCGUCCCCGCUCUGCUCUGCACCAUCCUCAUCUUCAUGGACCAACAGAUCACCGCCGUCAUCGUCAACAGGAAGGAGAACAAACUGAAGAAAGGCUGUGGCUACCACCUGGACCUGCUGGUGGUGGCGGUGAUGCUGGGCGUGUGCUCCAUCAUGGGCCUGCCGUGGUUCGUGGCGGCGACCGUGCUCUCCAUCUCCCACGUCAACAGCCUGAAGCUGGAGUCGGAGUGCGCAGCGCCCGGCGAGCAGCCAAAGUUCCUGGGCAUCAGAGAGCAGAGAGUCACCGGCUUCAUGAUCUUCGUCCUGAUGGGCUGCUCCGUCUUCAUGACCUCCGCCCUCAAGUUCAUCCCGAUGCCGGUCCUGUACGGAGUCUUCCUCUACAUGGGAGUGUCCUCGCUCAAAGGCAUCCAGCUGUUCGACAGGAUCAAACUGUUCGGCAUGCCGGCCAAACACCAGCCGGACCUCAUCUACCUGCGCUAUGUCCCGCUGUGGAAGGUCCACGUCUUCACUGUGGUGCAGCUGUCCUGCCUCAUCGUCCUCUGGGCCAUCAAGGCCUCGGCCGCUGCCGUCAUCUUCCCCAUGAUGGUCCUGGCUCUGGUCUUCAUCAGGAAGCUUCUGGAUUUCUGCUUCACCAAGAGAGAGCUGAGCUGGCUGGACGACCUGAUACCAGAGAGCAAGAAGAAGAAGGACGACGACAAGAAGAAGAAGGAGAAGGAGGAUGCUCAGAGGAUGUUGGAGGAGGCAGAGGACGAUCCACCGUACGACCGAGGAAACGUCAUCAACUUCCCGAUCAAAAACCUCAAACGCGUGGAUCCGUCAGAGGUGAACAUCUCAGAUGAAAUGGCCAAAAGUGGCAUUUGGAAAUCGGUCACCAUGAACUCUGACAGCAGCAAAGCUCUGAAACGCUGCAACAGCCUGGAGAAGCUGCCGAGCGUCCAGAUAAACGUUGAGAAUGAGGACGGUCGGAGAGUCGUGGACGCCGAGACGUCACUAUGAUCCACCGCCGCUCUCCACCACCAGGCGGCGCUGCUGGGAGAGGCUGCUGUUACUGAUGGGACCCUGUAGCCCUCCAUCUUCUCUGAACUGAGGUGAAAGGUCACUGGAGGACCAAUCAGGCUUCGCCACGUCGUGCCGUACUUCUCAUCCUGCGUUUUCUCGGACGAAGGUGAACGUUUUAUUUUCUCAUCGUUUUAUGGUGAAACAUGGAGACUCCGCCACCGGGAGCCAAUAUGGCCGCCACUUACGGAAACAGCUUCCUCAGGUUUCUUUGGUUGGUUUUUACUCGGGGGCGCGGUCCACUGCUGCGCUGUGAUUGGCUGCUGAAGCAUCAAACCGAAACACAGCCUGAUUUUUUUUUCUGAAAAACACCUGAAGUUUAAUUUUAUCGUUUUAAAUUUUCUGUUUCUGCUUUGAUGAAGCAGACGGGGCUCUUCACCUCCAACAGGUCCAACGCAGGACGGAGUUUUUAUUUAAUCAUCAUGCUGAAUUAAGUUGUAUAUGUGUCAGUGAGCGUAUAGUUUUUUAUGUGUGUGUCUGGGAGUGUGUGCGUGUGAAUGUGUGUGAUCACCUGUACCUCACCUUGUUGCCUACAGUGGCCGACUGAAUGACGUCGCAGUCGCUGUCAGUUCCUUCAUAAAGCUUUAAUAAAAUCAGUUUGGUGAUGACGA